CCCGCUCGUUCGUCAGUCAGUCAGUCACUGGACAGUGACCCCGGACAUCGGAGCGACGGUAACCGGGGAGACCAUGACAGAGAACGGAGCCGGUGGAGGAGGCCUGGGCCACAACGGGGAGCUGAGCUGCGGGACGGAGCCGGGCGAGAGGCCGCGGCUGAAGAGGCCGGAGCUGGGCAGCCGAGUGACGGUGGUGCUGGGCGCGCAAUGGGGAGAUGAAGGGAAGGGCAAAGUGGUGGAUCUGCUGGCGCAGGAUGCGGACAUCGUCUGUCGGUGCCAGGGAGGAAACAACGCUGGCCACACUGUCGUAGUCGACUCAGUUGAAUAUAAUUUUCACCUUUUACCCAGUGGGAUCAUCAACCCUAAUGCUAUUGCCUUCAUUGGUAAUGGAGUGGUCGUUCAUCUACCGGGUCUCUUCGAAGAAGCUGCAAAGAAUGCGAAGAAGGGAAAUGGUCUUUUAGGUUGGGAGGAUAGACUGAUCAUUUCAGACAGAGCUCAUAUUGUAUUUGAUUUUCACCAAGCCGCUGAUGGCGCUCAGGAACAACAGAGGCAACAACAAGCAGGAAAAAACUUGGGCACCACAAAGAAGGGAAUCGGACCAGUGUACUCUUCAAAAGCAGCUCGGAGUGGGCUCAGGAUAUGUGAUCUUCUGACUGAUUUUGAUGUCUUUUCUGAAAGGUUUAAAGUCUUGGCAAAUCAGCACAUGUCAAUGUAUCCUACUCUGGAUGUUGAUGUGGAAGGGGAACUGGAGAAGCUCAAGGGAUACGUGGAGAGAAUCAAGCCUAUGGUAAGAGAUGGAGUCUAUUUCAUGUACGAAGCUUUACAUGGUCCCGAAAAGAACAUUCUAGUUGAAGGAGCAAAUGCAGCAUUGUUGGAUAUUGACUUUGGUACUUAUCCUUUUGUGACUUCAUCAAAUUGCACAGUGGGUGGUGUGUGCACAGGACUGGGAAUCCCUCCUCAGAAUGUAGGAGAAGUGUAUGGGGUGAUGAAAGCCUACACAACGAGGGUUGGAAUUGGGGCAUUCCCAACAGAACAAGAUAAUGAAAUUGGUGAAUUGCUGCAGUCACGAGGAUCAGAAGUGGGGGUCACCACGGGUAGAAAGAGGAGGUGUGGCUGGCUGGAUCUUGUCUUGCUCAAGUAUGCUCACAUGAUCAAUGGAUUUACUGCCUUAGCGCUUACCAAAUUGGACAUCCUGGAUGUAUUCACAGAGAUUAAAGUCGGAACGGCUUACAAGGUUGACGAGAAAGUCAUACCACAUUUUCCAGCUAACAUAGAGGUCUUGAACAAGGUGGAAGUUCAGUAUGUCUCUCUGCCUGGCUGGAACACCAGCACAGCAAAAUCAAGGACAUUUGAAGAUCUGCCUGAAAAUGCACAGAACUAUGUUCGGUUUAUCGAAGAGCACCUUGACGUGCCUGUUAAAUGGAUUGGGAUCGGCAAGUCAAGAGAGUCGAUGAUCCAGCUGUUUUAGGAUUGAUGUUACCAAGAAGAGUUUGCUAUCCCCAGAGUUAACUUCAGCAAGUUGAGAUCUGGAGAUGUAAAGUCUUCAACUACCAAAAUUGGUAUUGUUUCUAUCUGGCAGAAAUGUAGGGAAGCACAUGCCCCAGCUUUUGGGUGGGAGAGGGCGGAAAUGGUGGAGUUAUUUCAAAAAUGAGUUGUUGAACUAAAAUGUAUACUCUUCAUUUUAUUCAGGGAUGAUUUAGUAAGCUGCUGUCAAUAAGGUUUAAGAAUUAAUUGCUCUGACAUAUUGAGCUUCAGUAUAACCUACUGGCACUUGUUUGAUUUUUAGGUGUACAUUGGAAUUGUUUUUUUUUUAACAUUUAGACUGAAUCGCUGUUGCUUUUUAAAUUAAUGACAGUGGCGAAUAGAACAAAGUGAAAUCUUAUUCCCUAUACUUCGGAAGAAUGUGAUACUGGUUUCUCAGACUGGGGCUGGCUGACAUUGCCUUGCUUUGUGCUGCGGUUGCUCUGUUGACAGGGCAAGACCUUUGAGCUUUUUCAGUGGAUAAUGGUGCAAAACUUAAUUAUAUUACAAAUUACACAAAUUGCAAUAAUUUUCAGACUACAGGCAGCCCAUGUAAUUGUGUAUUAGCGUGUCAAUACAUGUGACCAGAGGGAUGAUCAUGCAUUUGUGUCUCAUUUAUUUCUUGCUGAUGGUCAUGUUCUAUUUAAAAUUUGCUCCACCACACUUUGUUUCCACAAAGAUAACUGACUUCCCCACCCCCAUGUCCCUAUAUGCUAGUAAUCAAGAAGGAUUACAAGGUGGAUAUCUGUUGCGUCAUUCAUGGAGAAGGUUUAAUUUUAUUGUUAUUUUGUUUUCCUGGCACCAGCAAUUACGACAGAUAUUGUUGAAUGGAGUGAGGUAUGAUGACAUUUAUAUUGAGGGAUUAAUGAUUGUAGCAUGAACUGUUUACAGUUGAUUACUGGUAACAAUGCAAUUGUUAUUAGUAAAAUUCUAAAUACCAAUGUAUGAGAAAUUAAAAAAAUAAAAAGGUAGGUGUGGUGGGGCAUUUUUGAAAGACAGUGUUUAAAGCUGUCAGAAAGAUAUCAGCAGCGCUUGAUCCCUUAAAAGGGACUCUGUUGCUUGAUACAGUAAUCCCUCAAUGUUUUUGAUCCCGUUAGUUGGAGUCUUACUGAUGUCGAAGUACUGUUAGGUGGUGUUGAGACACUCCAACAUAGGCAGAUUGGCCAAAUGGCCUCCUCCUGAGCCAUGAAUCGUUCCAUGUUUCUAAACUCAAAACUAGGAAGUGAAGCUAAAAGGAGAGUGGAAGUACGAUUCCGAAUUCUAUGCAGACUGACCAAGGGUCAGUGAAAGGAAAAUGUUGACAAUUCAACGUAACUAGUCACUAAAAGUUUUCCAGUGUAUUACUCAUUUGUGAAAUAUGUUCCUUUCUUGCAUAGACAAAUCCCUGGUAAACGUUGAGCAAUUGAAUGUUUUUGGAAAGUCCCAGUUCAAAUGAGUUUUUUUUCUUUCAGGUUGUAACAACUGAUUUGCUUUUCAGGUUUAUGGAACCCUGUUGACCAAUCCUGGCCAUUAGCUCUUUUCACUCCCAGUUAAACGUUGACCCACAACAGCCCAAAAUAAUUAAGAUUGCAGAAUUUUACAGCCCCGUCAUGUCUGAACCCAAUCUCUAAUGGAGCGAGCCUCCUUGAUCCCAUUCCCCUGCCUUUUCUCCAUAGCUUUUUAUAUUUUUAUUAAAUAUUUUUCCACUUGCUUUUUAAAAAUUAUUUGGAAUACAAUUUCCAGUAGAGCAUUCCAUGUCUUAAUUUGUCUAUUUUUUAAAAAAUUGCCUAAAAUUCUAACCUCCUCCCAGCACUGGCACUCAUGCAGAAGAACCCCUCAGUACAGUUUGUAACACUGGGCCAGUACACAUCGCUUUCCUUAUCUUGCAGCAUUCAGCAAACCAGUAUCCUUGAAGCUGAGGAAGGUCAGACCAGUGGACCUGUAAGUGAUGGUUCGUUGACUGCACCAGCCUGUGUAGCAUUUUUAAAAUGAUUAAACUUCAUCCGGUGAAACCCAACACUUGUGGGCAUUCUUUGGUGAAGAUAAUCUAGAAACUUCCAAUUUGGUCUGUUUGGUUUGUUUUAAUCAGAUUUACACAAGAGAUUAAUGCAAUUUUGCACAGUUUCUUUGCCACAUUAACAGUUCUCUAAAGAUUAUGAUUUCCUAUGUUUCUGCCUACUGAACUGUUCUUUGAAAGAAUGUACUGAACACGUUAGUAACUCUGUUGCACUGUAAAUACAUAACAUGGCUGGCGUGCAGGAUAUUUUCUCGAGGUUGGGGAGGGCACAAUUACAGAGAGAAUUCAUGUAUAUCGUGCAUGGAUGAUAAACUUUUAUGUGUACAGGCUGUAAGUGUUUUACUUUGUAAAUUAUGCAACUCUUGUCUUUUUAAGCACAUAACUAUUGAACUUCCGGGUGGGCUGGUAAACUUAUCUACAGAAAAUAAAUUCUGCAAUGUAAAA